AUAGCACGGGAUAAGUAACUAACAAACAACUGUAACAAGUAGUACAUCUAAAAGAAGAAAGACAAAAACCACCGAUAAAGAAGAAGAAGAAUACGAACAAGAAUAUUCCAUUAUUCUUCUCCAUAAAGAAUAUUCUAUAUCCGAAACCAUUUUUUUAUUUACUUUUUUAAAUCCGCACUUCAAUUUCCAUUCCAUAUAUAUAAUUUUCACACUUUUUCUAAUCCAAAUUACUCAUUAUCAUUAUUCUUAUUCUUUUCAUUAAACCAUCCAAAACACCGUUGCGUUUCGUAAACGCGAUUUUCAGAAUAAUCGAUUCUUUCUUCUUCAGAAGCAACGAUGAAGUUCUGGAAGAUUCUCAACAACCAGAUCGAGCAAACGUUACCUGAUUGGCGUGAUAAGUUUCUUUCCUACAAGGAUCUUAAGAAGCAGUUGAAACUCAUUGUUCCUAAAGAGAUUGAUUCUUCUUGUUCUAAACGGCGUCGUUUGGAUGAUGAUGGUGGUGCUGAAGGAGAGGUUACGAAAGAGGUUAAAGAUUUUCUUAGGUUGUUGGAGGUUGAAAUUGAGAAAUUUAAUGGCUUUUUUGUUGAGAAAGAAGAAGAAUAUGUUAUCAAAUGGAAGGAAUUGCAAGACAAAGUUGCCUGGGCCAAGAGUUCUGAUAUCGAGUUGAUGACAGUAGGGAGGGAAAUAGUGGAUUUUCAUGGAGAGAUGGUUUUGUUAGAGAACUAUAGUGCACUUAACUACACAGGUUUGGUUAAGAUAAUAAAGAAAUAUGAUAAGCGAACUGGUGCACUACUUCGGUUACCUUUUAUCCAAGAUGUCUUGAACCAGCCAUUCUUCAAAAUCGAUGUGCUUAACAAGCUUGUGAAGGAGUGUGAGGUGAUGCUAAGCAUUAUUUUCCCCAAAAGUGGGCCUCUAGGGCAAUCCUUAUCAACAAGUGAGGUUUUUGAGGAAGUUGCGCGUGAGACCACGACUGCAAAUGAAACUAAGGAGACACUAGACCAUGUCCCAAAAGAAUUUUCUGAGAUCCAAAAUAUGGAGAACAUUUUCAUCAAACUAACUACAUCAGCACUGGAUACUCUGAAAGAGAUUAGGGGUGGAAGCUCAACUGUAAGCAUAUACUCAUUGCCUCCUCUGCAUAGCGAGACUUUGGUAGAGGAUUGAAAGAAAAUAACAGGAUAGGUGCUGAGUUUAGCUCUUCGUCUUCGCGUGUUUCCUGUUUCUCUUCUGUGGAGAGAUAGUAGCCAGUAGAUCAUGGCAAUAACUUGUGAUAGGUCCUGUCCAACAUUGUCUUUUCUAUGUUGAGAACACACACCGAAUGAAUUUGGAUGGAAAUUUGGCCUCCUUUUUGGAACAGUGUCUGAUGGUAGAUGGAUGCAGCAUGAUUAUUAUUCUCCUUUUUCUAAAUAAUGUAAAAUUUUCCCCAGGGUUAUAGGUGUCAUGCACUAUCUUAAAUUGGCAUCUAGCUCGUAUCAGUAUGCUAACAAUGUGUGGGUUUUAUGUAGAUAACUACUAGAUUUUAAUUUAUAUCAAACAUUUGAUUAGAAAGAGGGUGAUUGGAAUUUUGUAAUGCAUCUGCUAAUUUUGUAACUUUGAUAUUACUUUGUUUGGAGAAAUAUUUCCUAUGCAUGGAUAGCCACCUUGCCACUGUACAGGCAAUGUCUA